GGCUCUUACACAGGAGUGCAAAACAAAAAAAAGAGGCAAAACCUGCCUUCCCCUCCCCUUCCCCCAACCUGGGUCCUCCUGUAGAGUGUGUGCAGGUCCCCAGGGUGUCUUGUUCCAUAUCUAUAGGUGGAGGUGAUUCAAGGUGUAGGGUGUUGUCUUUUUUGGGGGGUAUCUUUAUUUUCACUUUGGGGGUAAGGUGAAAGAUUUAUAUAUAUUUGUUUUGGUUCAUUUUUUUUUUGUAUGUACAGAGAGAUUUACCCAAAUUUAUUUAUUUUUAUUUUUUAAAAAGAAGAGGAAAAAAAAAAAAAAGAUUAAAAAAAAAAAACCUAAACAAACAAAUUCACAAUGACUGCGGCUUCCCCGGAUUACUUGGUGAUUUUGUUCACUACCACUGCGGGUGCUAAUGGCAGUAAAUUGGGCUCUGAUGAGAAGGAAGUGAUCCAGCUGUUGUGGAAAGUCAUUGAUCUGGCCAGCAAAAAGGCGGGGGAGUUACAUGAAGUUAAAGUCAGACCUGAUCACUUGGAUCUGACAGAAGAAUGCAAAGAAGCCCAAAUCGAGCCAGAAAGUCUAUACACAGCCCCUCAGCUUGAGCAGGCUCUACAGCAGUUUAACCAAUCAGUAGGAAAUGAAUUGAACAUUGGAGUGGGUACUUCAUUUUGUUUAUGCACUGAUGGGCAACUACACAUCAGACAAGUGCUGCAUCCUGAAGCCUCCAAAAAGAACAUCAUGCUUCCCGAAUGCUUCUACUCCUUCUUUGACCUAAAAAAAGAAUUCAAGAAGUGCCUACCUGGAUCGGGUGACACAAGCGAACUGGACGUGGCAUCAAUGAUGAGCUACUUGGGUUUUGAAAAGCAAGAUUCACAGCAAGCGUAUGGUGUUUCGGAGGUGGAAGCUAUGGGAGAUAUAAUUGUAACACUAAUUUCAGAACCGUACAAUUUUAGAUUUUCUGAUUCUGAACGAGUAAACUACAAAUUUGAAUCUGGCACCUGCAAACUGGAGAUAAUUGAUGAUAACACAAUCAUUCGUGCUAGAGGCUUGCCAUGGCAGUCUUCUGACCAGGACAUAGCUCGAUUCUUCAAAGGCCUCAACAUUGCAAAGGGUGGAGCGGCUCUUUGUCUCAAUGCUCAGGGUCGUAGGAAUGGAGAGGCACUUGUGAGGUUUGUAAGUGAAGAGCACAGAGAUCUGGCUUUGCAGCGACACAAGCACCAUAUGGGGAACAGAUACAUAGAGGUGUAUAAAGCAACUGGAGAAGACUUUCUAAAAAUCGCUGGAGGUACAUCCAACGAGGUAGCUCUGUUUCUGUCGAAGGAGAAUCAGGUGAUCGUGCGUAUGCGUGGACUGCCAUUCACAGCAACUGCUGAAGAAGUGUUGACAUUUUUUGGGCAGCAUUGUCCUGUUACUGGAGGAAAGGAAGGGAUACUGUUUGUUACGUACCCUGAUGGCAGACCAACGGGAGAUGCCUUUGUGCUAUUUUCCUGUGAGGAAUAUGCUCAGAAUGCACUGAAAAAACAUAAGGACUUGCUGGGCAAAAGAUAUAUUGAACUUUUCAGGAGCACAGCAGCAGAGGUGCAACAGGUACUGAACAGAUACUCCUCAGCACCACUCAUCCCACUUCAGACACCUCCUAUAAUCCCUGUACUACCUCAGCCCUUCAUUCCUCCAGUAAAUAUUAGGGACUGCAUCCGUCUACGAGGCCUUCCUUAUGCUGCUACCAUUGAGGAUAUUUUGGAGUUCCUGGGUGAAUUCUCUGCUGACAUACGAACACAUGGCGUGCACAUGGUGCUGAAUCAUCAAGGACGACCAUCAGGAGAUUCGUUUAUCCAGAUGAAAUCCGCAGAGCGAGCCUUUUUGGCAGCCCAGAAGUGUCAUAAGAAGACCAUGAAGGACAGAUAUGUGGAGGUGUUUCAGUGUUCUGCUGAGGAGAUGAACUUUGUCUUAAUGGGGGGAACUUUAAAUCGCAAUGGCUUGUCCCCGCCGCCAUGUAAGUUACCAUGUUUGUCUCCGCCAUCCUAUGCAUUCCCUGCGCCUGCCGCUGUUAUUCCUUCUGAAGCUGCAGCCCUGUACCAGCCCUCCCUGCUCCUGAAUCCUCGAGGUUUGCAGCCAUCGGCCGCCUAUUACCCAGCUGGAGCUCAGUUGUUCAUGAACUACACAGCAUACUACCCAAGCCCACCUGGUUCUCCUAGCAGCAUUGGCUUCUUCCCAGCAGCUGCCAGCACUAGCGCAAUGCCUCCUCAUGGUGGAGCAGCUAUGGUGCGCAUGCAAGGACUGGCAUACAAUUCUGGCGUCAAAGAGAUUCUAAACUUCUUUCAAGGCUAUCAGUAUGCACCAGAAGAUGGUCUUCUGCAAGUAAAUGACCAAACAAGGGCCCUGCUUACUCACCCUAAGGAAUGGGUGUGUAUUUAGAGUACCUGCAAGUGUUUAAA